AUGGCCCUCAGUCUGGCCCCCUACAACGAGGCCAUGCGCCUCGGUAUGGGCUUUAACAGCUACACCCAGCAGCUGUGCCUUAACGACGUGGUGCGCAAGCCUGGUGGUGUCAAGGCGUCGGAAAGAGAUCUCCGCACUCUGCCUAACUCACAGAUUGCAGGGUCAUCUGACCAGAAACACAAAGGCUACUUGGAUAAUCAGAAAGGCGAGCUCGUCCGUCGUACGAAGAUGAACGAUGGCCAAAAGGAAGUGAGCCAGGUCGUCAGCUGGGAGGCAGGCUUUGUUGACAACAUCAGCGAGGUGACGGAUAAGCUGAACAUCAAGGGAGCGCUGCAAAUCACCGCCGAUGCACUAGGUGGAGGAGGCGGCGCGGAAGCGCACUAUGUCAACAAUUCUGGCUUCACUAAGGCUGAUGUUAAGUAUGAUAUCACAGUGAAGGUGACCAAUGAACGUCGGAUCGCCGAUGAUGUGACCGAGUUUUGCCCCUUGCCAAAUGUGCCUGAGGGCAAGUUCACCGAGCUUUAUGGUGACUGUUUCAUCUCUGGAUUCAUUGAGGGCGGCGUCUUCCACGCCUUAGUUACCCGAACCGAGGAAACAAAAUUAGCGAAGAAAGAGAUGGGAGGAAGCAUUAAUGUGAACGUGUCCUUAGCCGGUGGCACGGUCAAGGUCAGUGGAUCAGGUGAGGGUGGUAAAGAUGAGUCGUCAGAGGACAAGAAAUACAGCACUCAGAUCAAUGUCAACUGGUCAGGCGGUGGUGACAUCAAGCCCGACGGUGUGGUGCAGUGGGAUAUCAAUAACUUGAUGAAAGUUGCCAUGGAAUUUCCAGACAAUGUGGCUUCCUGCCCGCAGAGAACCUAUGCGAUACUCACCAAGUACACUGCCCUGCGCAGCUAUCAUGAGCAAACUGUCAGAGGGUCGCCCCUGGAUUACGAAAACGCCGGUAUCUACACUUCCGGGUUGCUAGAUGCAUAUGCUUACAAAACUAUCUGGAAGGAUAUUUACCAGACCAUCAGCGAUCUAAACAGUGGUUCUGCCAGCGCUACGCCCAAAGAGGAAAGCUCUAGUAUGAAGGAAUAUGCACUGUACUUUGAGAAUGACUACCAGGACCGCCUCAAGCAAUAUGAGGAGGUGGUACAGGCAAUUUCAGCUAACUCGGAAGCCUACAGGGAGGUCACGGUGGAAAAGCCGUUGCCUCCUAACAAGCUAAUUCCCUACAGAGCGGAUCUAUUCGAGCUUGACAAGGCCCGAAGGGAUUGCAGAUUUGAGAUGAUCAAGAUCGUCCGUGAGGUACAUAUCUUCGUUCCUAACUCCCAGGAUUGA